AAAAUGUCUUCAGAGCAGGAGAUAAGUGAACUUGACGCCAGGGCCAGACAGGGAGAGACUAUUGUUCCUGGUGGAAAUCGUGGCAAGAGCCUUGAAGCUCAGGAGCGCCUUGCCGAGGGACGGAGCCGUGGAGGGCAGACUAGGAAGGAGCAGAUUGGACAUGAAGGGUACCAGGAGAUGGGCCGCAAAGGUGGACUUAAUACCACGGACAAGUCUGGGGGAGAGCGAGCAGCCGAGGAAGGAAUCCCCAUUGACGAGUCCAAGUACAAAACUGGCAGUAACAAUUAA